AUGGACUACGAUAUCAACAUGGACGACGUCGCCGACGGUUUCGCACCUCCGACAGCGACGAUUGGUGACGGCACAAACAUCGCACAAACCGCUAUAGCGCUGUCUCCCUCGAACGAACGCGACCUAGAAGAUUCGACCAUCGUGCGGAAUAAGGUACAUAUCCGAGGCCUGGACACAUUGACCACGGACGACAUCAAAACCUACGUGAAGAGUCACUUUGGCACUCCAGAGAGAGUUGAGUGGAUCGAUGACGAAUCUGCAAACCUGCUCUUUGGGUCGGAAAGUACGGCGCAAGAGGCUCUGGCAGCACUGAGCGCCAUUGAAAUUGCCGACGUAACUCAAUUGCCUCCUAUGGAGACGAUUCCUGCCAAGCCCGUCGCAUCCCACCCAGACGUCAAUCUUCAAAUCCGAUUCGCCGUUGUUUCCGACAAGAAGAUACGAGGCGCUGCUGAGCGAAGCCGGUUCUACCUCCUCCACCCCGAAUUCGACCCAGAGGAGAGAAGACGACGUGAGGGAAACAGGAACAAAUAUCGCAAUCGGGACGGAGAUGACCGUCGUCGCAAUGGCCGUGGAAGAAAUCAACGCGACCGAGACUCGAGCCCCGAGGUGUUCCAUGCCAGCAUGUACGAUGACGAUGAGGACACACUGGCAGACCGCAGACCAGCACGUCGCCCGAGAUCUCGCUCAAGAGAUUCGACUCCGCGUGACGAGCGAUCUUAUGCGUCUCGCAAUCAGGAAAAGGAGCUGUUCCCGGGACGGUCAUUAGGAGCAGGAAAACGGCAACGAAAUCGUUCCGCUUCACCUAUGCGGGAUCUGGAUGGCGACGCAGCGAUGGAUGUUGAGGCAGCACGCGCGCCGAGGGCCAGCAAUCGAAAUAAUAGGGAAAGGGCAUCGGGCAUCAGAGAUCGCCUGGCUGAGGACAACAAAUCCAAGGAAUUGUUUCCCAUUAAGGGCUCGUCGAUGGGCAAGACGCAUAUGGACAGAGUCAUGGACGGUGCAGACGAAGCCACACGAAUCAUGCAGCAAAAGAUGAGCGUGAGCAACGACCGCAACGGCAGGAAAGACCUAUUCGAUCGGGAUAGAGUCGACAUUGCGGGUUCCAGUGCUGGAUUCUCCAUCAAGGGCGCGGCGGGUGCGAACGUCAAGGAGCUGUUCCCGAGCCGCUUCGGAGGUGGUGGCAAUACCGGAAAAGAGCUCUUCGCUGACAAGUUAGAAGGCCGUGGCCGUCGGCGGCAGAAAGCAGAGGAUCUAUUUUCGUAG